AGAAUGUCCCUAAUCCACGGCCCAACCUCAUCCCCCCUCAGCAACAAAACCAUCUCCACCCUCAUCGCCGAACAAACAACCCACCAUGGCGACAAACCAGCCAUCAUCGUCCCGUGGCAAUCAAUCCGACUCACCUACCGCCAAUUAUCCGAACGAAGCGCCGUGAUCGCCAAAGCAAUGCUCGAGGUGGGAUUAAGGAAAGGCGACUGCGUCGGUAUCAUGGCGGGGAACUGUCACGAGUAUAUUGAGGUGUUCCUGGGAGGAGCAAGAAUUGGGUGUCCGGUUGUUGUGCUGAAUAGUUUUUACACCGGGGAGGAGGUGAAGAGGGCUGUUAUGCUGACUUCGUGCAAAUUGGUCUUUAUCGCAAAGAGAAUCGGGCAGAGGGAUUUAUCUAGCCAUGCUGAGAUGCUUCGUGGAUUGCCUGAACUAGAUCGGGUUGUCUGUCUGGAAGGGACUCUGGAUCAAGUGCAGUCCUAUAAUGCAUUUACGUCGAAUAGGCAUUCUGUGUUUAUGAAGGAUGCCAUUCUUCAUCGGGCUGAGAAGAUGGUGACUCCGUCUGAUAUUCUCAAUCUGCAGUUUACAUCUGGAACAACUGGAUCCCCCAAAGCAGCCAUGCUCACCCACAACAACCUCAUCAACAACGCUUCCUCUGUCGGAAACGCCCUCCACCUCUCCCCAUCCGACAUCAUCUGCUCCCCACCCCCCCUCUUCCACUGCUUCGGGCUGGUAAUGGGCUUCCUGGCUUCCUUCACCCACGGCAGCUCCAUCAUCUUCCCCUCCGACUUUUUCAAUCCAGCGGCCGUCGUUGACGCCCUUAUCGCUGAGAAUGCGACUGUCCUUCUCGGUGUGCCGACAAUGUAUAUUGCCGAGAUGGAGGUGAUGCAGAAGACGGGGCAGAAGCCGACAUCUCUCCGCACGGGGUUGGCGUCUGGCUCGGCUGUCUCGAUGACGCUUAUGAAUACUUUACGGGGGAGAAUGGGCGUUGAAAAGAUGCUGAUCGCGUACGGGAUGACCGAGACGAGUCCGGUGACAUUUAUUACGUCUAUGGAUGAUUCGGAUGAGAAGCGAUCGUCGACGAUAGGGAAGGUGAUGCCGCAUUGUGCGGCGAAGAUUGUGGAUAAGAAGGGGGAUAUUGUUGAUCGGGGGGUGAGAGGGGAGAUAUGCACGAGUGGGUAUGUAUUGCAGAAGGGAUAUUGGAGAAAUGAAGAAAAGACGAGAGAAGUGAUGAAGGUGGAUGACGAAGGGGUGGUGUGGAUGUAUACCGGGGACGAGGGGUAUAUCGACGAAGAGGGCUACGGGCAUGUUACGGGGAGGAUCAAGGAUAUCAUCAUCAGAGGGGGCGAAAACAUCUGGCCGACCGAAAUCGAAGAACGACUCAUCUCGCACCCUCUCAUCAGCGAAGCCAGCGUCGUUGGGCUCAAAGACGAACGAUACGGCGAGGCUGUGGGCUGUUUUCUCAAGGCUGCAUCUAAGCUAUCCGAUAAAGAAGUGCAAGAUUGGGUAUCGCAGACGCUGGGCAGGCAUAAAGCGCCCAAGCAUAUUUUCUGGAUCGGCGAUGCCAGAGUUGGCGAUGACUUUCCCAAGACGGGGAGUGGGAAGCAUCAGAAACAUGUUAUGCGGGCGAUGGGAGAUAGAUUGAUUGCUAUUAAAGCGAGGUUGUAA